GUCAGCUGACUCUGCUCAUGUGACCAGGAAGGACUGGCGUCUCGACUCCCGUAAACAUAUGCGGCUGUUGUGUCCAAGCUCAAGAUGAUGAACACUGGUCAUUCAGCCGCUGUUUUUCUGGCACUUUGUGCACUGUUGAUACGUUGUGAUGCAAAAGUGUCCCUGAGUGCUCUGCAUACUGUUGAUUUGGAGGAGAAAUUCUCUAAAAACAUCACCAUUACAGCAAGUUUUUACCUGAACACUACUGCAAACAUCUACUUUAAUAUUACAUACUCCUCAAAAAAUGACUCUUCAUCAAUAAUUCAUCUUCCAAAGGAAGUUGUUAUGUCAGCAGGAAGCACAUCAGCUACGUUUGAAGUUCAAGGAGAGAAUGUUGGUCAAGUGACUGUAUAUCUGUACAGCAACAACACUGACAUAGAAAGCAUAAAAACCCGAAUAAGAUUCUUGGUUGUGAGAAGCUAUGCUCUUGCUGUCAUCAACCAAAUUAUUGGCUGGAUCUACUUCAUAGCCUGGUCUAUUUCCUUCUAUCCUCAGGCAUAUGAGAACUGGAAAAGAAAGAGUGUGGUGGGCCUGAACUUCGACUUCCUCGCUCUGAACCUCACCGGAUUUAUUUCCUACAGCGUCUUCAAUGUUGGCCUUUUUUGGAUACCUUACAUAAAGGAGGAAUUCUUGAAGAAAGAUCCAAAUGGAGUCAAUCCUGUGGAUGCCAAUGAUGUGUUUUUCAGUUUGCAUGCGUUGGCCCUAACUCUCGUUUAUGUCUGCCAGUGUACAAUAUAUGAGAGCGGAGGACAAAAGGUGUCCAAAGUGGCCAUGAUUUUACUUGGAAUUGCUUGGACCUUUGCCUUUGUCACACUCUUUGUUGCGGUUGCUCAGAAGAUCACAUGGCUGCAGUACCUGUACUAUUUCUCCUACAUUAAAUUAGGGGUCACACUGGUUAAGUACAUCCCUCAGGCUUACAUGAACUACCAGAGACAAAGCACAGAGGGAUGGAGCAUUGGAAAUGUGCUACUGGAUUUCACAGGAGGCAGUUUUAGCCUCCUUCAGAUGUUCCUGCAGUCAUAUAAUAACGAUCAAUGGAGGCUUAUAUUUGGAGACCCGACAAAGUUUGGAUUAGGCGUGUUCUCAAUAUUUUUUGAUGUUAUAUUCAUAAUUCAGCAUUAUUGCCUUUACCGCAGUAAAGCUCCAGAAUAUCGGAUAUUAGGUAGUGAUGAAUAGGCAAGUACACUAAUGUUCACAUGAGAUUGUGACUUCAGCUCUCCACACACACACACACAUUUUCUCCCUCAGCGUUGGUGGUGGGGGGGGGUAUUUUCUGGAUAUUCUCAGUUACUGCAUUGCAGUGUUGCCUAGUGCCUAAACACGUCACCAGCAGUGCACCUUUCUGAUGCUAGCCCUAAAUGUAUUUUUGCAUUCCGCUUCUUUGAUUGCGUAAAAAGAAGCAGUGAAAGCUUAAUAAGAAAAGCUAACAUAUAAAAAUGUUGGGAUUCUGGGAUAUUUUGUGUCUGGGAAUGAAUUUCAUUUUUCCUGGACGGGCAACCAAAAUCCAGGUCAGUUCAGGAAUAUCCUGGGUGAGCGGCAGCCCUACGGGAGACUAGUUCCUGUUUAGUGGGAAGUGCCUUACAGUAACAUAACCUUAUAGCUACCUCUCCUACUGUUCUCAGAAUAACACCGAGAACAUGUUUGUAACACCAUGGAAUAAUGCUUAUAGGUCUAUGUUUUUCGCAAGCAACUUGUGAUACAUUUUAUGGAAAUAGUUUUUUUCUGUAUGAAGUGAACUGAUACAAAUUUGAAUUUUGCUGGCAAUUAAAGGGACUAAAUAGGUUUAUUCUUUAUGCUAAUUGUAUCUCUGCAAAAUGUGAUUGCACCCGCAGACUGCUUUUUAUAAUCUUUUGAAUACUGUAGUUGUACUGUGCCUUUUUAGUUGUUUUGGUAUCAAUAAAUGGAUUUUUUCCCCCUUUUUAAUGUU